AUGGACGUCGAACGCCGUGUCGAAUUACCAGAUGGACAUCUUGUCAACCUUUCGCCACGGAACCAGCGCCAAACAGGUCCAUGCCAACAACAAUAUCAAGCAUAUCGAGCAGACUAUACCGUCACAGAAUUAUCCGCAACUCCCUCCUCACAGCCCAACUAUCGACCCAGGCCAUCCGAGCUUGGAGGCCCCCGAAGCCCACCAGACAACAUGUUCCACAGAUCAAAAGCAACCAAACUUCCUGCUCCCAAGGCCUUGAGUGAACGAGCUCGAGAGCAGCGUAAUCAGACUCCCAGUCCUACCAGUAUUCCCAAGCCAUCCUCUGCGACCUACUCCUCCGGGGGAUCUGCUGGCCGCUCCGGUGGACGAGAUCAGUAUUGGUCAAAGAUCCGCGACAAAUUUGAGAGAGAUUCUCCUCUAUCACAACGAGCUUCUUACGUGCGAUCAAGAGAGAGUGAUCAGAACAGCUCUCCAAGCCAUGGUCAUUCUCCCGCAAAGUAG